AUGAGACCGAUGCAACUGGAUAUGUUGGCAGAGAUGGAUGAUGGAGGCUCUUCGAUGGCCAUGGACGUUGAUGACAUCGAAGCCAUGGAGAUGCUUAGCGAAGGAGGGCUGAUCUCUGAGAACAAGCUCGCCGACGCCGAUUUCUUCAACAAGUUCGAAGAUGAUUUCGACGACACUGAUAUCAGCUGAUCCGCUUUGGGUUUUCCUCCAUAUCGAUUCUAUGCGGUUUUCAGAUUUCCUCUUGUUUUGGGUUGUAAUUUCUGGAAGAAUCGAUAUGUGACUUUUAUAUUUAGGGAUUUUAUGUUUGCGAUGUUACCUCUAAACUCGUACCAUGUUUGUUUGCUUGCUUGCUUGUGAUAUCAAAUCAUGUGUUGAUUCUACUGGUUGCACAAGUGG